UUUUCGCAUAACAUGAAACGCAGAACUGACAGAAAAGGACAGGGAAGCACGGGAAAAAAGCCACGUAAAUCUGGUGAUUUAAAGAAGAGAGAAGAUGGUCCGAAAAAGUUUAAACCGAAAUCCACAAAGCCGAAAUCAUCAUUUAAAAAGAAGAAGGACCAGAAAUCGACACCGGGGAAAGAUAAUGCAAAGAAAUCAGCUGUGCAAGAAGUGUCAAAGCGUAAAAGAAAGCUAGAUGAUGAAAAUGGGAAUGAAGGAUCAGCCAGCAAGAAAUCUAAGAAUGUACCCAAACAACCUUUAACUAAGAAGGAAAAGAAAGCGAAAAGGAGAGAGCAAAAGGACAGUGCUGGAAUCAUAAGCCCACUCAUGGAAAUGUAUGAAAAGCUGAGAAGCAAAAAGCUUAGCAAAAGCCAAAAACAGGAUGUUAUUAAUGAAGUCCUGACAAUUAUCAAGGGAAAGGAAAGCAAUGUUCUAUAUAAACACGACUGUGUGCGGGUACUAGAAUUCUGUGUAAAGUUUGGGAAUGACAGCCAAAGAGAGAAUAUAUAUGAAAUAUAUAAAGAACACAAUGUAGAGCUGCUUAAAUCCAAAUAUUCAAAAUUCCUGGUUAAAAAGCUUAUUAAGUAUGGAAAAAAGAAUCAGAGAAGUUUGGUCAUAAAAGCCUUGUACGGAAAUGUCAAAAAGCUUGUCAGACAAAAGGAGGCAUCUGGUGUCUUAGAAUUCAUUUACCAUCAAUUCGCUGACUCUGGAGAACGUUCAUCGCUGAUUGAAGAAUUUUAUGGCCCUCAGUAUGCUGUUUUCAAGGCAGCCAUUGGAAGGAAAUUAGAAGACAUAUUUGAUAAAGAGCCUGAUAAGAAACCUCUAAUCUUAAGACAUUUGAAGGAUUCGUUGAUGCCUUUGGCUGCAAAGACUGCCAUAACGCUGACGAUCGUUCAUAAGCCUCUUCUUGAAUUUUUCACAUUUGCAGAAGAUCAGAUGAGAGCUGAAAUGAUCGAGGCUUUAAGAGAGGUUAUUGUUCAAAUGGUGCACACACUAGAUGGCUCCCGCGUAGCAAUGAAUUGUAUCUGGUAUGGAACUAAAAAGGACAGAAAACUCAUAAUAAAAUCAUUCAAGACGUUUGUAUCUAAAAUCUGCAUGGAAGAGUACGGUUAUCUGGUACUUCUGGCACUUUUUGACGUCGUGGAUGAUACGGUUGCUAUGAGAAAAUCCAUACUUUCGGAAAUAAUUCCAAAGUUCCCAGAACUUAUACAGAAUCAGUAUGGAAGAAAGGUCAUUCUGUACUUGCUAAGUCCUCGCAAUAAGAAUUACUUUGCACCAAAAUCAAUCCAAUUGCUAGAAACAGGAGAUGGAAACCCAACAAGUAAGAAAAAUGCGGCCACAAGGCAAGAGGAGCUAAGAGGAGGAAUUCUCGACAAAUUAUUUACUUACAUGAAUGAAAAUGUGGACUCUUUUAUCAAUGACAAAAGCGACUGCCAGAUCCUACUCGCUGCGCUGGAGCACUCCUUGGAAUCAGUCGAAAGCCUAGAGGUAAUGACAUCCAUUGCUAAACUGGCAUCAGAACCACUGGAUCAGGAAGCUGGUGAGGAGAAUCAUCCUGCUAUACACGCAUGCGCUCAUUGGGUUAUCAAAAGAAUAAUACAACAAGACAAGCUCAGACAAGAACGAGGAGAGAAGAAUCUUUUUUGCAAAGUCUUAUUAGAUACAGUUCCUGAAAAUGAAUAUGGUAAAUGGGUACAGUACAACAGAGGUGCCUUUGUUGUAGCAAGCCUCCUAGAAUCUGGUGUUGAAGAAGUGCAGAUGCGAGUAAAGAAAGCUUUACAGAAAGUGUCAGAUACGUUGCAGCCAGGCAAGUCCAAAGGAAUGGAUGUUGUUAUAAAGCUCCUUGGCCUUUGAAUGGUCGAUCUUUAGCAGAUUAUCACAGAAGAGAGAAGAAACGAAGAAACGCUCAAGAAAUAUACAGCAGAGAUGGCUGCUCAAAAGUCAAUAUGACGUCAUAAGAUUUUUAUCACGCCUACUAGGAGGCCAUGGGUCGUUUUACAUUGAAAAGCGACCUCGAACAUCUUACAGCAACGAUCAAACAAUUUUACCAUAAAAACAUUUCCUUUGCUUUAAUCUUGUCUCUUGGUCGACUGCUUUAUGACAGCUGCUAUGUACCUCAUUUUUGUUAGUUUUAACAUCACUUUUUAAUCAUUCCUAGAGAAAAAACCUUUGGGAUUUUUCCAGUUUUCUAUUUUGUUAAAGUAACUACUGAAGGGAAGUUAAAAAGUCAAUGGUGAAAAAAUAGGGUCAUUUAUUCUGAAAAGUGUAAAUUAGGAACCCAUGAAAUUUUGCUAUGGAAUACUAUUUUUACAUAAGUAUGGAAUACCAUUUUUCUUCAAUCUCUGACAUCAUAAUUAAAGAAGAACUAUUCUGUUUAAAGGGUUUGUUUGUAAUUGUAACUUUUUAACAUAAAGCAACUAACACUACAGCAAAUAUUACCAUCUUUACAUGUUUUGUUUUUUUCUGGUAAAAUAUCUGUUUAUAAUCUUUUAACAGCAUUUCUUUUGAAUCUAUACGAACCUUACAACGAAAUCUUCAAAAACGA